UGUCGGAUAUCCAUUCAUCACUGGCCGCCCUUCUCUUCUUCUUCUUGCGUGCAACAAUCCAAUAUGGUUGGAGUGGUUGGACGCAGCGUGGUGCAAGCUGGCCAGCACGCCAAGGUCGUUGGCCCCUGUGUGAGCGCCCUGUGCCGUCGCUGGAAGUCAGACAAGGUGCCUGAGGACUGGGAGGUACUUGCCAACAAGGAGCUUCGUGGCAAGCCCGUUUCCUCCCUCACCUGGGAGACGCCAGAGGGCAUCUCCGUCAAGCCCGUGUACACGAGCGAUGACACCCAGGACUUGCCUCGUGAGCUUCCUGGCCGCUUCCCCUACACCCGUGGCCCAUAUGCCACCAUGUACACCCGCCGGCCAUGGACCAUCCGCCAGUAUGCCGGCUUCAGCACUGUCGAGGAGAGCAACCAGUUUUACCGUGACAACCUCAAGGCCGGCCAGCAAGGCCUCAGCGUUGCUUUCGAUCUGGCCACCCACCGAGGAUACGACUCGGAUAACGCGCGCGUUGUCGGCGACGUCGGCAUGGCCGGUGUUGCCAUCGACUCCGUGGAGGACAUGAAACGCCUGUUUGACGGCAUCCCACUGGACAAGAUGUCUGUGAGCAUGACGAUGAACGGUGCUGUGCUGCCAGUCCUGGCCAUGUACAUUGUUGCCGCGGAGGAGCAAGGCGUCAAGCAGGAGCAGCUCUCCGGUACCAUCCAGAACGACAUUCUCAAGGAGUUUAUGGUUCGCAACACGUUCAUCUACCCGCCGGCUGAGUCCAUGCGCAUCAUCGGUGACAUCUUCAGUUACACCGCCGCCAACAUGCCAAAGUACAACUCCAUCUCCAUCUCCGGGUACCACAUGCAGGAAGCUGGUGCUGACUCGAAGCUUGAGCUUGCGUUUACGAUUGCGGACGGCCUCGAGUACUGCCGCACGGGCAUCAACGCCGGCCUGAGCAUUGACGCGUUUGCACCCCGCCUCUCCUUCUUCUGGGGCAUUGGCAUGAACUUCUACAUGGAGAUUGCCAAGAUGCGCGCUGCCCGCCGCCUGUGGGCACACCUCAUCAAGGAGCGCUUUGACGCGCAGAAGCCAAAGAGCAUGCUGCUGCGCACGCACUCGCAGACGUCUGGCGUGUCGCUGACGGAGCAGGACCCGUACAACAACAUCAUCCGCACCACGGUUGAGGCCAUGGCUGCUGUCUUUGGCGGCACCCAGUCCCUCCACACCAACGCCUUUGACGAAGCCCUUGAGGUGAUUGUUGGGGUCAACAAGUACCGCCUGGAAAACCCAGAGACCGUGGAUGUGCUCGCCAUCGACAACAAGUCUGUCCUCGAGAAGCAGGUUGGCAAGCUGAAGACGCUGCGUGAGACGCGUGAUGCCGCUGCUGUGGAUCGCGCCCUGGCUGCCCUGACAGAGGCCGCUGCCGGCAGUGAGAACCUCGUCAAGCUCGCUGUUGACGCCGCCCGCGCUCGCUGCACCGUUGGCGAAAUCUCAGACGCCCUCGAGAAGGUGUGGGGCCGCCACCAGGCGCCAACCCGCACCGUGAGCGGCGCGUACGCAACCGAGUUUGGCGAGAGCGAGGAGUUGCAGGCUGUCAUCUCCGUCGUCGAGGCCUUUGAGGAGCGCGAGGGUCGCCGCCCACGCAUCCUCGUCGCAAAGGUGUAUGCAUGGUGGUCACGCGACCACGACAAUCACGCAGCAGUGGGUACUGUGGCGACCAUGCUUAACGACAAUUCUCAACUUUUCUCUCUCACGCCGCAAGAGGUUGCACAGCAGUGCGUGGAUGCGGAUGUGCACGUUGUUGGCGUGAGCUCCCAGGCCGCCGGCCACAAGACCCUCGUCCCAGAGCUCAUUGCUCAGCUCAAGGAGAUGGGUCGUGAUGACAUUAUUGUCGUCGUCGGUGGUGUGAUCCCACCACAGGACUACCCAUUCCUGCACGACCACGGCGUGCGCCACAUCUUCGGUCCAGGCACACGCAUCCCCGCUGCUGCGAUGGAGAUCCUCAAGGACGUCAACAAGACCGUGGCGUGAUCGAACACAUCACAACACCAGUGCACAUGUCAGCCACCAGCACCUCCACCACCAACGUGACAUGGUGCUGCAUGUCAUCGUCACGGAUUGCACUGGGUACAUGUGCACCUGCGUCGCAUCAACGAGCUGUGGCUGCGCAUGCGUAUCAUUGCCCCCGUGUCCUUCCAUCAUUUUCUCGGGUCCACCUACGUUGUGUCCGGGUGGUGGUCAUCAUCCAAUCCCC